GAAAGGUGGCUCAGACAGCAUGUAUGUCAGCGUGCAAGCACUUAGCUACAUCCUUGAUGCAACUUUUGCUGGAAGCUGAAGUAAGGCAGCUUACCUUGGGAGCAUUACAGCAGUUCAACCUGGAUGUCAGAGAAUGUGAACAGUUUGCCAGAUCCGGCCCGGUGCCUGGGUUCCAGGAGGACACGCUGCAGUUGGCCUUCAUCGACUUGAGACAACUUUUGGAUCUCUUCAUCCAGUGGGAUUGGUCAACAUACCUUGCUGACUAUGGUCAGCCCAACUGUAAAUACCUCCGGGUGAAUCCAGUAACAGCUCUGACCCUGCUUGAGAAGAUGAAGGAUACUAGCCGCAAGAACAACAUGUUUGCACAGUUUCGGAAAAAUGAACGAGAUAAGCAGAAAUUGAUUGACACUGUGGCCAAGCAGCUGCGAGGCCUCAUCAGCAGCCACCACUCGUGAAGACCUCACCUUGGCCCACACAGGCUGUUUGCUGCAGCCACACAGUCUUGAUCCAGCCCCGGCGGGCCCUGCAUUUGCGCGUUCUUCAAAGAGAGCAUAUGUAUUUUUUUAUUAACCCCUGUACAGUAUUCACAUAACCUUUCCCUAUAGUAAAAGAGGCACAAGAAUAAGCAAGUACAUGAGAUGUUGCUAGGCGGAGACUCAGGGGAGGUUAUUACUACACUAUCUGUGUUAUCCUGGAGAGGUGGCAUCACCAAUCCCAACGAGGUGAACCGCCACUCAUGCAUGGCUCUAGAGCUUAGGUCUGUGGCCCAGGAACCACUCAGAGUGAGUGCUUGGCCCCGGGAGGAAAGGUGAGUAAGCAGAAGGAUAGUAAAGCAUAUCCUAUUCAUUCUCGGGUGCCCCAUUCACCACCUAGGUUAUGCUGAUCCUUGUUGGCACAAGGCAAAGGCCUGUCAAACAUUACUAUUUAACACACUAAAGACCAGCACAUGGUUCUAGAUGUUCAUCUCCUCAGUCUGCUGACUUCCAUUAGCUGGUAAUCAAGCAUGGCAUGUGGCAAGAUGACAGCUUCACUCCAAUACCCCAAGGAUGGCAGUUUCUUUAGCCUAGCUCUGACCCAAGGCUUUGACUGCUUAUUUUUCUGGGGUAGGCUAGAGCUAAGUAGGCCCUGAUAACUGAAAAUAGUKUUUACUUUACUCUUAGAUAAAACCUGAGACUUGCUUGGUAUUGCUUAUUUAUGUUUUAAAAACAACUUUCUGGUCACCAUCUUUAAAGGAAAUAUCACCAGCUCUGCACUGUGGUAACACCCACAGCUGGACUAGAUGCCUCUAGGGAUGGAGCCACUGCCAUCAUGAAGUAGUCAGGGCCAACUAUGGAUAGUGGUUUGUUGCCACUGGCUCAACUGUGGUCUAUUACUAAGAUAUAUCCUGUAUAGAGGCUCUUCUUGACCAAGCCAAGACUUCCAUCCUCUUCUGAGAUCCCAAAGCCAUCUUUUGGCCUCAUCUGAAAAAAAGAUUGCCUAUAAUCCUAUCCCUCAAACUCUGGAGCCUGGACCAGCUUAGCUUAGAGGCUAUGUCUGUUGUCCUAAAUAGAUUCCUGAGACUCAGUGCAAAGGCUUUACUCUGAGGUCAGUCGGAGGAACUUACACUUUAAGACACGUCAGGAUGAUGCUUAAUGACAGUGGUAAGAGUAUGAUUGUGCAUCACCAAGUAAUAAAAAUCAGUCACACAGGCAUUUCUAACUUGGAUAAGUGGGAGAAAAGAUUCAUCAAAUAGAAUCUUCCACUGCCUUUGUCAGUUACCAAAUUGUUUCAGGGGAGAGCAGUACUUCCUUUUACAUUCCCUACCCCUACCCUCAUCAUACCUAUUACACCUCAAAAAACCAUGUGAAAGAGAAUAUGCACACUGAUGUACAGCCCUCCUCAAAGCUUGAGACCAGGCUACAAAAGGGUUCUGCAGAAGUCUGCUGAGACUCAUUCUGAGGGCCCAACAUUUGGCCCAAGGUUUUAGGAGGAGGGUCGGGAAUGGCAUGUMAACCCAAACUUAAAAAGCCAAGGAAAGGCAAGGACCUGUGGAAAUGAAACUUAUGAUGACAUCUCCAAGUUCUGAACUUUUUUUUUUAAAGGUGAGAAAUAAUCACACUAAUCCAAUGCUUGAGAAGAAUCCAAAAUACCCUCCUUCACAGGUACUGUUUUCAGCAAGAUCUCUUCGGCUUUGACUGCUCAGACUUUGAAUGGAAUGGAAAGAAUCUCAAGUUUGUUACAGCAUUUAUCUUUGUAGGGAGUCAUCAUGGCUGGAAGAACUGUGCUAUAGAGGAAAAGGAGAAUAGGGUAGAGGAACAGGGGCCAAUCUGCACCUUCAACCAAGAAGUUCUGCUAAAGAAAAAGCUUAUCCAAGUUCAAGACUCAUUCGGAUGGACUCUUUGGUGUACCUCCUCUUCACUCUGUCUAAGUCUGCCUUUAUUCUUUCGUAACAAAACAAAAAACAAUAUGCUACUUCUGGGCUGUAUGUGGAGAUAUACUCUUGGUGGGCCAGGGAAUGUAAAAACAGAGACCAACAGUGUCAAAAGCUUUUUUACUGGUGAAGUAGAAAUUUUGUGACAUUGGGCCUACAGCUGAGCCAACCCUUAAGAGGCUGGAGUGUGUGCCAAGCAUGUGUAUCCACGCCCCUCAGCCUCUCCAAUCUGGCCUCAAAUGCCUACACUUGUAGAAGUGCCCUGGAAGGCCUCAAUAAGAGGAUAGGGGAGACAUGAGUCGCUGGAAGCCCUCUGCCUUCUGGUCACUAUGAGUCUUUGGCCAAGUUCCUAGGGAAACCAGAUUCAUGUUCCUGAAGAGAGUCUGGUUUGGAACCUAGGUUUCCAUAGUAAUCUAGGCAGCUGAUUUAGUUUUAACAUUCAUAGGAAAAUCUCUGAGCAGACUGGGUGAAGCUGCUGGGGUUAGGGAGAAACAGGACUUGGAAACUGGCACCAGCAGAGUUGGCAACAGGGAAUGUUCUUCAGUGAUUUGCAUACCAAACCUAAAAGUCCCCCCAGCCUCAAAGUCAUCCUAACUCCUCUGCAUACUUGACAAGAGCUUGCUCAGCAAGUGCUAGACCCAGGGAAGGAUUGGCAUUGGCCAUGAUCUUCCUUCUCAGGCAUCCAAGCACAGUCCCUGGGGCUGGCUUCAGAAAUCUCCCCUACCUAAGCCCCACUUUUCCCAGGAUUCCUCUCCUGACUGCUUCAGUCACCUCUUUCCUCUCUCCCUCUCUCCCCCCCUUCCUUCCUUCCUUCCUUCCUUCCUUCCUUCCUUCCUUUUGCUUGCAGUUACAAUUACUUUUCACUAAUGUGUUGGAAAUGGCCUUUUUUUUUUUUGCACAAAUAGUACACAUUUAUGGGGAAAUUUUUGUGAAGUCCAUUUUUAACUCUAAAGGGAACUUUUUUCCUCUAAAACUUACUAGUAAAGCUACUGAUGCAGUUGGGCCGCAUGGUUAGGGGAAAGCUCCUCUAUGGAAAGAGCAUGUUUACUCCUCUUGUACAUUUUCCUCUUUUAACUGCUAUUAAACAAGAUAUCCUACAUACCUGUUUCAA